UUUAAAACACCCACCAUAUAUACUUAGCUUUCAGUGGAGAAGUGGAGCACCAAAUCCCAAAGUUUAUUAAAGAGAGAAAGUUGAGGGAGGGAGAGAGAGAAUGAUGAGCACUGCUAGGUUCAUCAAAUGUGUCACAGUGGGUGAUGGUGCAGUGGGCAAGACAUGUAUGCUCAUAUCCUACACAAGCAACACUUUCCCAACUGACUAUGUUCCGACGGUGUUCGACAACUUUAGCGCCAAUGUGGUUGUGGAUGGGAGCACUGUGAAUCUAGGCUUAUGGGACACUGCAGGGCAAGAAGAUUACAAUAGGUUAAGGCCCCUAAGCUAUAGAGGAGCUGAUGUUUUUCUGCUGGCUUUCUCUCUCAUAAGCAAGCCUAGCUAUGAGAACAUCUCUAAGAAGUGGAUCCCGGAGUUGAGACAUUAUGCUCCCACUGUUCCUAUAGUGCUUGUGGGAACCAAGCUUGAUUUACGCGAAGAUAAGCAAUUCUUCAUUGACCAUCCCGGAGCCACUCCCAUAACAACAGCUCAGGGAGAGGAAUUGAAGAAACAAAUAGGUGCAGCAAUGUAUAUCGAGUGCAGUUCUAAAACACAACAGAAUGUAAAAGCGGUUUUUGAUGCAGCCAUUAAAGUGGUAAUGAGACCCCCCAAGCAAAAGAAAAAGCGACGAAAGCAGAGGCCUUGUGUGGUUCUUUGAGUGGUUUCAGCAUGUUUCCUCUCAUUAGUCAAUUCGACCUUCUUGUUUAAUUCUCUUCUUUCUUCUCUCUUUUUCUUUUUCUUUUUCUUUUUUGAAUCUCUUUUCUCUGUUUUAUAUGCCUUUUCUUGUUGUUAUCACAACUUUAUUAUCAAAAUGAAUACAAGUUUGCAAUGUCAGAUUAGGAUCAUGUAAUUUCCCAUUGAAAUGAGAUUUCCGAUACUUCAAAAA